ACACCCGAGGAGGUCGCCAUACAGCGAGCUGCUGCUCGCGAGGCAUAGCUACAGCAGGCUUUAGGAGAGAUUAAGGCUGAGAAAGAGAGAAUGAUUAGGAGAAGAGCCAGGAUGCAAAGGAGAGAAACGGACGUUAGUGAGUUAGAGGAGAUGAACCCUGCAGAGAUGGAUGAUGAUUUGAGAACCAUACGGUCGGUCCUGUUAAGUGUAGUGGAGGUGGACGAUCACCAGACGAACAUCUUACAGGACGUCCAACAGAGUCUGGCUAUGUUAGUCGGGCGGAUGCAAGCGACUUCAUCACCGUCCAGGCUAGGUGCCUGGCCCGUUGCACAUCCUCCUUUUGUCCCACCGUUCGGAGUGAUGCAGGGACCGGGACAAACACAGUGGGUGCCAAAGACGACCAUCGCCGCUCCGAAACCCUUCACAAGGGAUAAAAGAGGUGAAGAGCUCGACACGUGGUUGAGGGCAGUGCCAGUCUAUGUUAGGUGUAAACUUACCUUGCCGCACGAAGAAGUGCUUGUGGCUGCCUCCUACCUAGAGGGUAGUGCAGCAAGAUGGUUGAGUGGUUUAGUGCAGCUCCAGGGGUAUGGUCAUGACUUCCGCGCUUGGGCGGUCAACCAGAAAUUGGACGACUUCCUUAAGCUGGUGGAGGAAAGGUGGCAUGAUCCUCAGGAGGCCCAAGGGGCCACUGAUGCAAUCCUGACACUGGACACGCGGCAGUUCAAGUCAGUAAGGGAAGCCACCGACGCAGUUGAGCGUCUGAUCUGUGUCCCAAGGGUACGCUAUGACCCCCAGGUUCUACUCACCUCCUACCUGAGAUGCUUCUCUUUGCCUCUCAGGAACCAGUUGGCAGGUGAGGCCAACAUCAAUAUGCACAACUUUCCUUCGUUUAGCAAGAAGGCCCUAGACCUUGAGGCAAAGAUAGGGCAUGGACAGGCACCCACUACAGACGGAAGGAGGAAGACACUGCCUCCUAACCGGAAGGCGAAGGGGCGCAUAAUGUUUGUCGAUAACGAUGGUUCCACCAUCGAGCUAGACGACAACUUCCAGGAGGGAGUAGGUUCAGAGGCGGGCAGCGUAGAAGCUUCAGGGGGUGGAGUAGUCGCUGCCGUAACUCAGAAAGGUAGGGCGUCCGGUAGACUCCGUGGAGGUUCACGAUCGAGGAGUCGAGUUGACCCCAAUGCUCCUCCAUGGGAGAAAGCGGGUCUUACAGAGGACGUGUGGAGAGACCGGUACACCCGGUACGGUCUAUACGAGUUUGUGGUGAUGCCUUUUGGCCUUUGCAAUGCUCCUGGUACCUUUCAGCACGCUAUGAAUCGGAUAUUCCAUGACCACUUGGAUAAGUUUAUCAUCGUGUACCUCGAUGACAUACUUAUUUUUAGUAAGACUGUCGAGGAGCAUGUUGCACAUUUGGACAAAAUCAUCAGCCUCCUGCGACAGCACAAGUUCAAGAUCAACGGUGAGAAGUGCAAGUUUGGCCGCACCCGUGUCUUGUACUUGGGCCAUGAAAUAUCCGUGGAAGGGUUAAAACCCGAUGACGCGAAGGUGGCCAGCAUUCGUGAUUGGCCACGUCCUCAGUCUGUGACUGAGAUGAGAUCUUCCUUAGGAAUGACAGGCUACUAUAGGACUUUCGUUAAGAACUAUAGCAUAGUGGCCGCUCCUUUGACUGAUCUGACCCGCCUUGACACCCCAUGGGAGUGGGCAGAUGAGUGCGAGGCUGCUUUAAGACAUCUGAAGCAUGCGUUGACGCACUACGAGGUCUUAAAACUCCCUGAUCCUGACAAGCCGUUCGUAGUUACCACGGAUGCCAGCCAAUACGCCAUUGGCGCCGUGCUCGCACAGCAGGAGGGGCCAAAGUUGAGGCCAGUCGAGUACAUGUCUAAGAAAAUGGCGUUUCAGAAGUUGGCAAAGUCAACCUAUGAGAAGGAACUCUAUGCGGUGUACAAGGCACUGACCCAUUGAAGGCACUAUCUCCUUGGGAGGUCACGAUUAUUUGAACUCACAUGUAUGAUGCUGUUUGAUUGCUGAAGUUCGCUAUUGCUCAUCUUCCUUCCAAAUACAAUAAGAAGCACACAUAAAAUGAUAACCAAAUAAAACUGCCACAGAAAC